AUGGCGUCAGAACCCGGUGACAAAAGGCUGGCCAAACCGUCGUCGUAUACUAUUCCUGUCAGCACCGGUCAUGAGGACCUCUUGCAUAGCGUUGCAUAUGAUUUCUACGGCCAAAGAAUAGCAACCUGUUCCUCUGACCAGCGUAUCAAGGUCUUCGAUGCCACUGAAACCGGCGAAUGGAAAGAAAACGACGCAUGGCGUGCCCACGAUGCUAAUAUUUCCAAAAUCGCCUGGGCGCACCCAUCAUUCGGACAAAUUCUAGCAUCAUGCUCUUUCGACAGAACUGUCAAGAUCUUUGAGGAACAGGAAGCGGAACCGAAAAAUAGCGGGAGGCGGUGGAGACAGAUGUUUAGGAUGAUCGGGGAUACCAGAGGUGCUAUCUGUGAUAUCUCAUUUGCACCUGCGAAUGUGGGGUUAAAGUUGGCGUAUAUCUCGUCGGAUGGUGUGGUGCAAGUUCAGGAGGCAAUUGAAACCCACACAGUAUCGCGGUGGACGUCGGUAGACGAGUUUAGGGUGGUCCCCUCCGCCCCUCCUAGGGAGGCAGAAACAUCAUUCUGUCUGAACUACUGCCCAGGUAGGUGGGGCGGAGAACAGCUGUUGGUCGGCGCGAUGGAUAAAGUCAGGAUUUACAGGCAUGAUAGCAAUGGGAAGUUCAAACCCGCUGAGGAGCUGAGGGGCCACAAAGGCCUCGUGAGGGAUGUAAGCUGGGCUCCUAACCUGGGUCGAAGCUAUCAUCUCAUUGCCACAGCCUGCAAGGAUGGACACGUCAGGAUCUUCAGACUAACCGACCCACGGAUGACAUUCUCACCGAAGUCUUCGCGUCCCGGUUCACGGUCAAAGGAAAGAAACAACGAGGACCUGGGGCCCGACAAGUCACAUUUUAGCGGACUCACACGGGACAUCUCCAAUCUUUCGGUUAGUGGACAGUCUGGAGGCGGGGUGGGAGGUCGUGGGCUGAACGCCACUGCGUUUCCGGGAAGCAGCGGGGUAUCCCUUUCACAGGCGAACUCGUUUGAAAAGUCAGAAGAUGCCCUUGGAGUAUUAACAGUAGAAGAACAAGAAAGUCGCGAGCUUUCCGGAUUUCAUGUUGAGGAAAUCGCGGCUUUCAAUGAUCACGGAAGGGAAGUCUGGCGCGUGGAAUGGAACCCGACAGGCACGGUUCUCAGCAGCGCGGGGGAUGAUGGAAAGAUACGGCUAUGGAGAGCUGACCGGACGAUGAGGUGGAAAUGCAUGUCCGUGAUGGGUUCCGGCUGGAAGCCGACAAAACGAAGAGAAGACGAUGAUGAUGACUAA